AUGACACGGAAGGAAAGGAGACUCGUGGUGAGAAACAUCCGUAAUCACCAUCGGGGACUCAGAGACGAACGCCUGCAAGACAAGCCGGACCAAGGGAAAGUGAUGAAGCAAGUAGCAAAAGUCCAAGCCUCAUCCUCCAUCUACGAUGGAGCAUACACUACCUUCGCUGACUGGAGGUUCAUACAUAGGGCGAGGCUUAAUCUCCUCUCCCUCAAUGGAGCAAGGCACUUCAAUCUGAACUCGGACAAACGUUGCAGGCGAUGCAGGAACCCGAACGAGAGACUACCACACGUCCUUAGCCACUGCAUGAGGCUGUCAAACCCCAUGAACAAGCGCCAUAACGCCCUAGUUCAACGUAUCAUGAAAGCUGCUGAAGGAAGAUUCUGGAAGGUAAUAACGGAAAAUCAGCCGAUUCCUGGCAUCGACAGCACCCUACGGCUAGACAUCGUCCUCAAGAAGAAUGGAGAAGUCCUCCUCAUCGACGUGACGUGCCCAUUCGAGAACGGCGAAGCCUCCCUGGAUGAAGCUAGGCUACGAAAGGAGCAAAAAUAUGCGCCGAUUGCAGCUGCGCUGAGACGGACCUACAGGCAGGUCACCGUCCACGCCUUCGUGGGCUCACUAGGCUCGUACGAUCCGAAAAACGUUAAGCUGAUGAACAGGCAAGCCUCCAAAAAAUAUCAAACUCUUCAGGAAGCUCUGCGUCACCGACACGAUUCGAUGGUCAAGGAUGAUCUACAUUGA